AUGUACCCCCACGAUGGCGAACAUUUCCGCCCGGAAUGGUACGUCAGGAACCUCCAAGCAGUCUCAAGACCUGAGGGUCUCCUCCAGUGGAGUACAACAGCAGUUCGCAAUGAAUUUGAUAUCGAGAUUGAUAAGACUUGUCCGGUAGAAAACAGCUCGAUAGUGACUGAGAAGGGACCAGAGACGAACAACACCUCUGGCCACCAGAAUGAGGACAUCAAGGAUGUAUUUUCGAGUCAGAAAGCGCCCUCAACAGUUGGUAUGCUCGAUGGAAACACUUGCUGA